ACCACGUUGUUGAUGAUACUCUAGAAGGCUGGACCAACCUUGCAUUGACCAAACCCGAGACUUUUGUGCAUUGCACCUUCUAGAGAACCUCCACUCGUGGUCAUGGCAUAACAAAACCACCCUUUUUCUCACCUGUCACAGAUCACAAAUACUCCCUAUAUAUAUAAAAGCCUCUCACUUCCCUUCAUCCUCACAACAACCCCCAUUUCCCAACCACUGCUACAACACCACAAACUUUUCUCUUCUCUCUUUUCUUGUUUUCAAAUCUCAGACGGAAGAAAUAACAAACAAGAAAUCAUAGGAAAAAUGCCACCUUUUGCCGGCUCCGAACCAGUUGGGUUCCCGAAGCCAGAUUCCAACAUAGUUUCCAUUGACGUGGGAGGCCAACUGUUCCAAACCACGAAACAGACACUAACCUCGGCGGGUCCGAAAACCUUCUUCUCCAGAAUUGCGGCGGAAUCUUCUGGACUCCACACCCCCUUCGUAGACAGAGACCCAGAACUCUUCUCGCUCCUUCUCUCUCUUCUCAGAACCGGUAACCUUCCCUCAAAGGCCAAAGCUUUCGAUCUCCAAGACCUAAUCAUCGAGUCUAAAUUCUACGGCAUCGAGUCCCUCCUCGUCAAUUCCCUUUCCAACCCUUCUCAAUUGGAACCUUUUAAUCUCCAAAAAUCGCUUCUUUUACCCUUGAACGGACGCGAUUCCCCCUCCGCCCUCGCCGCCACCGCUUCCGGCGCCCUCCACGUCGCGCACGGCAGCAAGAUCACCUCCUUCGACUGGUCCCUCCGCCGCAAAUCCACCGUCCUGACUCAAUUUACCGCCGUGGAUUCCCUCCUCGCCCUCUCGCCGGCCCUCGCCGCCGCCGGCGCCAACGACUUCUCCGGCCUCCAGAUCCUCGACCUCGAGAAGGGGCGCGUCAGGGAAACCAUAAAUUGGGAAAACGUCACCAAAUCCGGCUCCACCGUCCAAGCCAUCGGAUCCUCGCCGGAAAACAUGUUCGUGAGCUUCGAAUCUUCCCGCAGAAACUCGAAUUCGAUAAUGGUUUACGAUUUGCAUACCCUAACACCCGUCACGGAGAUCAGUCACAACGAGAUCUUCGGCGCGAACAUCGAUUCGGCGAUUCCGGCGACGAAGUUGCAAUGGAUUGAGGGAUAUAAUUUGCUAAUGGCUUCUGGAUCCCACAGUGGGCCCUCGGGCGUGAACGGGAACAUACGGUUGUGGGAUGUUAGGUCCGGCAACGUUGUUUGGGAGGUUUCUGAGAAGGUAGAUUGUUUUGCUGACGUGGCGGUUUGUGAUUCGUUGUCGGUUAUUUUUAAGGUUGGGGUGAAUUCGGGGGAGGCAUCCUACGUGGACUUGCGGAAUUUGAGUAGCGGCGGUGAGAACGCGUGGGUUUGUCUCGGAGACAAUAAAAGGAAAAUUUUGAAUGGGAAGAAGGAAGGGUUUGGUUGCAAGGUUGAAACGCAGGGGAAUCAAGUGUUUUGCACCAAGGGUGGUGAAGUGGAGUUAUGGUCGGAGGUUGUAAUGGGGUCUGGGAACAGCAGUGGGAGGAUCUUCAAGAAGAACUUGAUGGGGAGAGUCAGGGAUAUGGGUGGGGCCAAGAUUACCAAUUUGGCCUUUGGAGGGAGCACCAUGUUCUUGACUAGGAAGGAUCAGCAAUGUGUUGAGGUGUGGCAGAGUUCUUCUAGGGAAUUUUGAUGACUUUGUUAUUUUCUUCAAUUUUUUUAAGAAAGAUGGUUGGUUGCAUUCUGUAAAUGAAUUUGGCCCGCCUGUAGAUUUUUUGAAAAGUUUGGUGAGGUACCAACUACCAACUUUGACAUUAUUUUCCUUUUGUUUGACAAAUUGUUUUAAUCUUUUUCUAAGAUAUCAAUUACACUGCAGUCUAUCAUGAUUCAUGAACC